UUACAAAUAUUGGAAAAUAUAAAAAUGAUAAUAACACAAUAUAUAUACCGACAUAUAAUCGUAGUGGAGACACAAUUAAUAUUGUCUUUGGAGAUGAAUUAUUACCAGGAAAUUAUACUUUAAAUAUAAAAUAUUUUGGUAAUGCUCAUAAAAUCUUCAAAGUUUUAAACAUCGAAAAAAAAACAAUUUGGAUAGCUGCUCUGCAUUUCCACAUAAUAGGCUCCCGACAAUUAAUUCCAUGUUGGAAUUACCAAUAUUUAGAAGCAAGCUUUAGCAUAUCUAUCGGAUGUAAUCGAUGCGUGGCUUUGUCAAAUAUGCCAGUGCCAAAUAUUGAAAUAGAUGAGAACCAUGUGUUAUGGACACACUUCAAUACCACACCUGCAAUAUCGCCUUAUCUCAUAACAAUCCUUCUAUCUAAUAAUCUAAUCCAUUCUGAUGACAAAACUCGAAGAAUUAACAUGUGGAGCAGACUCGAAUCUAGAUUAAACAUAAGACAUGCAGAAAAUAUAGCUGAAGAUAUUACGUUGGAUUUUCAAAGAUAUUGGAAUCGUUCGAACAGUUUUACGCACGUCACUCAUGCUGUAAUUCCAAAUUUCCAUGAUAAAAACAUUAUAGUUUUCGGACUUGUUCUUUAUAAGGAAAUAGAUAUCAUCUUUAAUAAAUUUUUAUAUCCUGUUGCUCGCGAAAUCCAAGUAGUUCAAUUCGUAGGACAUAAAGUGGCACAGCAAUGGUUUUAUAAUCUGAACAAUCCAUUUCAGUCGACUUCUUGGUUUAAUGAAGGUCUUACUGGAUUGCUUGCAACAAUUGCUGUCCAUAAAAUUUAUCCAAGAUAUCGAAUAAUGAAUUUAUUUGUUGUUCAAAAUCAACAUAAUUCUUUUUCUUUGGAUGGUGAUUAUCAUAUGUGGAAAUCUCCUUUACCAGAUGACAGUUUAUUUAACAUUCGCAAAUCCAUCAGAGCACCCUUUUUACUGCGCAUGGUACAACACGCCUUCACCGAAGAAUUAUUUUGGAAAAGCGUUCGUUCAUAUGCAUUUGGCAAUCGAUUGCCAUGGAAGCAGGAAUGGACAUAUUGUAAAGGUUUGAUGAUAACUACCAUAAACGAGACCACUUGGGAAUCAGUGUUUGAUAUAGGAGUGAAUAAAUCUGACGCUAAAUUUUUGGAAUACUUGGCUUGCCCUGAAGAUAUUGAUGUCAUCAUCUAUUAUUUAAAAAAUAAACGGUAUCAUUCUAUAAAACGGGAAUAUCAACUUGAUGUUAACAGUUUCUUACAUAUUAUUACGAAGCAUGCAAAGAAUCCAACUAUACUGAAGUACAUAUUAGAUCAUUUUAAUGAAGUAAAACCAAACAUUAAUUAUUAUAAUCAACAACGUAUAUUCCGACAAUUUAUCUCAGCAAAUAUCAAGGAAUGUUAGAGGUAUUUUAAACAAUAAUUUAGUUGAAGUAAAUAACACAAAAGAUUUAUUUAACA